AUGUGCGCCAUUACUAACUUGGAAGCUACGUCCACGACGGACAGCCUCGUCGAUGUACCGGACGGCGAAUCACCCUCGCCCAGCAAGCCUUCCGCCAUGAAGACAAAGAAGACUGGCAUAGAAAAGAAAGCACCUAAAAAGCUCGUACAAACCAAGCUCUUGAGCAAGGCUUCGGCUGAGAAGGCGGUUCCCUGGGUGACUCUCCCUAAGCUCGACCCUAACGAAGACAGAGCCGCAGCGUUCGCUGAGAUCGCCGCCGCUAGCAAGAAAUCAGGACUUUACAUCGGAGCUCACGUGUCUACUGCCGGUGGCCCAGAUUUCGCAGUGCUGAAUGCGUACAACACAUGCGGCCAGGCAUUUGCGCUCUUCCUCAAGAACCAACGUCGAUGGGACAGCCCACCAUUGUCGGAUAAAAGUGUUCAGAAGUUUGCCGAGAACAUAAAGAAGUGCAACUACGACGUGCGAUACGUUCUUCCCCACGGCUCCUACCUAAUUAACAUUGCCAACCCCGAUGCCGAGAAGCGGAAGAAGUCGUACGAACAUUUCGUGGAUGACAUCCAGCGUUGCGAGAAACUGGGAAUCACGCUGUACAACUUCCACCCGGGGUCCACCGUUGGCAUGUGCGACAAGUCUGAGGGCAUCCGCAACAUAGCGAACUGCAUCAAUAUGGCGAUGAAGGAGACCAAAUCUGCCAAGAUCGUUUUGGAGAACGCCGCCGGUCAGAAGAACGUGAUUGGCUCCACCUUCGAGGACCUCCGUGACAUCAUUAAUUUAGUCGAGAAUAAGGAGAGGAUCGCCGUGUGUUUGGACACGUGCCACCUUUUCGCCGCAGGCUACGACAUACGCACGAAGGCCAAAUUCGAGGAGGUGAUGAAGUCGUUCGACAAGAUUGUGGGUCUCAAUUACCUAGUUGCAGUCCAUCUCAACGACUGCAAGUCUGACCUGGGCAGCGGAUUGGACCGUCACGAGAACAUUGGCAUCGGGAAGCUUACCCGUGAAACGUUCGAGUUUAUUGCCAACAGCGGUUAUUUCCGCAACAUGCCCAUAAUCCUGGAGACUCCCGACAUCCAUGGCGACGAAACCAUUUACAAGCAGGAGGUGAAGGUGAUGUACAGCCUUUUCAAUGAAGACAAACCCGAAGCUACCGCGUGA